AUGUUUCAUCUGGUUAAGGGACUAUACGCUAAUUGGAAUCGAAAAGAACAAUAUUCGGUCCUUAUACUUGGUCUAGAUAAUGCUGGGAAGACUACUUUCUUGGAAACCUUAAAGAAUCAAUCCUCAUUAAAGUCUAAACCAUUAGACAAGAUCACCCCUACUGUCGGACAGAAUAUUGCAUUGAUCCCUGUGCCGAAUAAGCCUAAUAUAUUAUUGAAGUUGUGGGAUGUAGGUGGACAAGAAUCGUUAAGAGCCAUGUGGCCCGAAUAUUAUUCCCAAUGUCAUGGUAUAAUCUUUGUUGUAGAUAGUUCAGAUAGUGAACGUAUGGAUGAAUGUAAGAGAACAUUGACUUCGAUAGUGAUGGAUGAUGAAGCAGAAGGUGUACCCAUUUUGAUGUUGGCUAAUAAACAAGAUAGACCGGAUAGAUUAGAGAUACAAGAUAUUAAAGAAAUUUUUAAUCAAAUCGCUGAACAUUUAAGUGCAAGAGAUAGUCGGGUUUUACCUGUUAGUUCCUUGACAGGGGAAGGUAUUAUGGAUGCUCUGGAUUGGAUGGUGUUAAGAUUGGAGAGGAAUAAGAAGAAUAGACCUCCUCAAUACAAAUAG